AAAGAUUGGGUUCCUUCUUCCAGAUUCCUAAUUUGUUUAUCUUGCAGGGAUAAGUCAAGAACUGCCUCAAAAAUGAAACCUUGGCAAGGUUAUGCUCAUGCUGCUGUUGUUGCUUUAUCAGUUUGGUUCUGUCGUGAAACAGUCUUUGAAGCUCUUCAAUGGUGGCAUGGUAGACCUCCUUCUGAUGGUUUGCUUUUAGGCUCCUGCUUCUUCUUGACGGGAUUGGCUUGCGUCCCGAUUGUUGCACUUCACUUUUCACAUGUUAUGUCUGCAAAGAGAUGCUUGGUGCUGGUGGUUGCAACAGGUUUGUUGUUUAUCCUAAUGCAGCCGCCAAUCCCCUUGUCGUGGACUUACCACUCGGACAUAAUCAAAGCUGCUCGUCAAUCUGCUGAUGACAUUUCUAUUUAUGGCUUCUUCGCAUCAAAGUCUACGUGGCCCUCAUGGUUGCUUAUUGUUGCAAUACUGCUCACCCUGGCAUCUGUUACUUCCACCAUCCCCAUUAAAUACGUCGUUGAAUUGAGGACAUUUUAUGCCAUUGCUAUAGGCAUUUCUCUUGGAAUUUACAUAUCAGCAGAAUAUUUUCUCCAGGCUGCAAUCCUCCACGUUCUCAUUGUUGUCACCAUGGUCUGUGCUUCAGUAUUUGUUGUUUUCACUCACUUCCCAUCUGCUUCAAGCACAAAGCUUCUGCCAUGGGUAUUUGCACUUCUUGUGGCUCUCUUUCCUGUGACAUAUUUAUUGGAGGGCCAGGUCAGAAUAAACAAAACCAUCCUUGGAGAUAGUGCAGUGCAGGAUAUGGGAGAAGAAGACAGCAAACUGGCAACCCUUCUGGCCGUUGAAGGUGCAAGGACUUCCCUUCUUGGCUUAUAUGCUGCAAUCUUUAUGCUUAUUGCACUUGAAGUAAAGUUUGAGCUUGCUUCACUGAUGCGAGAAAAGGUAGUAGAUAGGGGUGGAGUUAGACACAGCCAUUCAGGUCAAAGUAGCUCUACUACUACUGUUCCCCCAAGAUUAAGGUUCAUGCAGCAACGCAAAGCCUCUGCUGUUCCAAGCUUUACAAUCAAGAGAAUGGCUGCUGAGGGUGCCUGGAUGCCUGCUGUUGGUAAUGUUGCUACGAUCAUGUGCUUUGCUAUAUGCCUGAUCUUGAAUGUCAAUCUCACUGGUGGCUCAAACCGUGCUAUUUUCUUCUUGGCACCUAUCCUGCUGCUGCUUAAUCAGGAUUCUGACUUUGUUGCGGGUUUUGGGGACAAGCAAAGGUACUUCCCCGUUGUAGUUGUUAUCUCCUCCUACUUGGUGUUAACUACCCUGUAUAGCAUAUGGGAAAAUGUAUGGCACGGGAAUGCAGGGUGGGGAUUAGAUGUGGGAGGUCCAGAUUGGUUUUUCGCAGUCAAGAAUUUGGCACUUCUCAUUCUAACAUUCCCAAGCCACAUCCUUUUUAAUCGCUUCGUGUGGAGCUACACAAAACAGGCUGAAUCUAUGCCGUUGCUGACAAUACCUCUUAAUUUGCCAUCAGUUUUGAUGACGGACAUUAUCAAGGUUAAGAUAUUGGGACUCCUUGGAGUUAUAUAUUCUUUAGCCCAGUAUCUGAUCUCUAGACAACAAUAUAUUUCAGGAUUGAAGUACAUUUAGUCGAACACAAAAAUUUUGUACUAUAUGUUUUAGCAAUUUUCAAGUGAGGAAUGAAAUUAAAGAUUUUCUUGCCAUUGAAAAUUGUUCUGUUAUUUAUGGAUUU